AUGAAGACGGCUACGACGAUAGUAUGGCACAUUCGAGGCUAUGACCACGUCAAAUGCGACAUUCUCGAGUUCUCCAAGCUAGACACAGUCCUGACCGCGAAUAUCCCACUUAGCCAUAACCAUCGACCACUGCUCGACCAUCUCCACCAUUUACCAAGCAGUCUUCUUCAUGCUACUGCGCGAAGCGGCAACACAAUAGAAAAAAGCAACCUUCCCGAAGAAGAGGACAAAUGA